ACCUGGUAACACUGCAUUAAGUGUAAUAUAAAACCCGGCUUAGAGAUAACGAACUGAAAAAACUGUGAAUCCAAUUGAUCAUCAGAUUUCGCCCGAUAUGGGAAAACUUAUAAUUCGAGCUGCGUUGUCAGCAGUCCUAGGAAUACUAUUGAUCACGGGAUGCGAUUCGGAAGCUCAGAGGUUCAAGUACGAGAUCAAGGAAUUCCAAGUGCCGCUGGACCACUUUAGUUUCCUGAUCAACGCCACCUUCAACAUCCGGUAUUUAUACAACGACUCAUUUGUGGACAAGAGCAAUGCCCGCACACCGAUCUUUUUUUACACGGGAAAUGAGGGGGACAUCGAACUCUUUGCUCAGAAUACCGGAUUCCUGUGGGAACAGGCGGAGAAACAGGGGGCUUUGGUGAUCUUUGCGGAGCAUCGUUACUAUGGAAAGUCCCUGCCUUUCGGAAGUUCCACUUUUAACACCAGCAUGCCCGAACAUCUGGCUUAUUUCACAGUAGAACAAACGUUGGAGGAUUACGCCAUGCUGAUCACUUUUCUGAGGAACGAUCGGCAGAUGCCAGUGGUGGCCUUUGGAGGAUCUUACGGGGGAAUGUUAGCUGCCUGGUUCCGAAUGAAAUAUCCACAUUUGGUCACAGGUGCUUUGGCCGCCUCAGCACCCAUUCUGCAGUUUCCCGGGAUAACCGAUUGCGACAUAUUUUAUAGGAUCGUCACAUCGGUCUUCCAGAAUGCCUACAACGCAAAUUGCACAGUGAACAUUGGCAAAUCGUGGAAACUUUUUGAAACCCUGGGAGGAAAUGAUGCCGGCAAGAAGCAGAUAUCGGAUGCAUUCCAUCUUUGCAGUCCCCUAAAGAGUGAUGAGGAUCUGAAGAUGUUCCUGGACUACAUAGAAGAAGUAUACGGCAAUCUAGCCAUGGUAAACUAUCCGUACAACAGCAGUUUCCUGGCGCCAUUGCCAGCUUAUCCCGUAAGGCAGGUGUGCUUCUACCUUAAGGAUUUACAUAAUACCGAUGCGGAUUUGCUGCAUGCCAUGUCCAGUGCCUUGGCGGUUUAUACUAACUACACUGGGUCCUCCAAGUGUCUGGAUAUAUCUAAGAACUCCAAUGCCGAUGAUUCUGGAUGGAAUAUUCAGACCUGCAACCAGAUGGUAAUGCCCUUCUGCUCCAAUGGCACAGAAACCAUGUUCCGUGCCACAAGCUGGAACUUUAAGGAUUUCGCCGACAAGUGCUACAAGAACUAUCGCCUUACGCCCAAGCCCUAUGAUAUUAUUCUAAGAUAUGGAGGCAGAAACCUGGAAGCUGUGACCAAUAUCAUCUUCAGCAACGGUCUUUUGGAUCCGUGGAGCGGUGGCGGUGUGUUGCAGGCACCCAAUGAUAAGGUUUUCAUCAUACUCCUGCCGGAAGGGGCACAUCACCUGGACUUGCGACACAGCGAUCCAGCUGAUCCGCCUUCUGUGCGAGAUGCCCGCAACAAGGAGGCGGCCAUCAUUGCAAGAUGGAUUCAAGAUUUCUGAAGUGAGAGUUUUUUUAUUCUUUUUUUUAAACGUUGGGGCUAAGUAUAUUGUAAACCCAACUUUAUAGCCGAAGUAAUCAAAAAUAAUAAAUAUUAUAAAAAUAUAUUUUUAUAAAAAGUAACUAGAGAUUUCACGACUAUUUUGAAAUACUAUAAAAAAUAUAAUAAAUGUCUACUUUCGUAA